GGGCUGACGAUGGCGUAUGCUUUGCAGUGAUCGCAACAGAGGACCACUGGAAGGAGCUGGAAGUCAGGGUUUCCCAGAUUCUGCGACAUCAGCAUUACAAGUUCGCGAAGAGCUACAUCUUGCUGGACACAGAUGGCAGGAAACCCAGUGAGAGGCUUGCGGACGGCGCCAAGAAGUUGGUCAAGAGCGGUUUGCUCGACAAGUGGCUUGUGGUGGACUAUUCCGAAAAGUUCAUCAAGAAGAUCAACGACACUGCAAACUGGGAUCCGUAUGAGCAUUCCCCAGGCCCAGGAUAUCACGAUCAACGCCGGACAGUCUCUUACACCGAAUUCAAUGAGGACCACGAAGCCAAGGAGCGUACUGCGCAUUAUUUUGCAAUCGACCAAUGCGGUCAUGGCUAUCUAGCCGUCAUGCAGAUCGAGGUCAUCUGGAUGAGCUACCGCAGCUACUCGUGGAUCGCCGCAGGUCUCGAAGUCCUUAAGGACAACGAUGGCCUCGUCCUGGUCCAGCCAGCCUACCCUGGCAUUGAAUACCGGCGUGUGCGACAAAAGCCGACCACCAAAGAGAUUAGGAAGAAGCACAAGCAGCUCCACCAUCCCAAAGUGGAGGCGGAGGACACAACCUGCCAAUACCCCAUCAGCAUACCCGGCUGGGUGAGCCUUUUGGACUUGCAGCGCUACCACAAGGUGGGCCCUCGUCAGAAGUAUCGCGAGUACCGCUGCGGGGGCGCGCUGGUCAAGGGCAAGAAGUGCAAGGACUACGACUACCUCCGAGGCUGCGGCGGCAUGCGGCUCUGGGAAAAUUCCCUUGAGUGCGUGAUUUGCAACCGCCCGUCCCUGCGCCAAGCCCAGCUGACGGAUUCGGACCGUGUUUGGGUGCAGAAG